AUGGUUGUGUCCGUGUCCUACCUGGAGAUCUACAACGAGGCGCUGUAUGACCUGCUGGCGGAGCAGCCCGGGGCCAGCAGCGAGGGCCUAUCGAUCAUCGACGACGUGGCAGGCAGCGGCGCCACAAACGUGCGGGGCCUGACGCAGGUGGCUGUGGCCGGGGAGGAGGAGGCGCUGUCCCAGUUCUUCACGGGGGAGCAGGCCCGCAGCACCGCACGCCACGUGCUCAACUCCGCCAGCAGCCGCAGCCACGCGCUGUUCAGCGUUGCACUGGAGAUGCGCACCAGCGAGGACGCCUCGGAGCGCGCAGUGGUGUCCAAGCUGACGCUGGUGGAUCUGGCGGGCAGCGAGCGCACCAAGCAGACCGGCGCCAGCGGGGAGGCCAUGCGCGAGGCGGCCUGCAUCAACAAGAGCCUCAGCUUCCUGGAACAGGUGGCGGGGGCCCUCGCGCGUGGCGACACACACGUGCCCUUCAGGCAGACCAAGCUGACUGCGGUGCUUAAGGACGCUCUUGGAGGCAACUGCGCCACCGUGAUGGUGGCCAACCUCUGGCCAGAGGCGGCUUACGUGGAGUCCAGCGUAUCAACACUGCGUUUUGCCAGCAGGGUGCGGUCCCUGGUCACGUCAGCGGUGGUCAACGAGAGCUCAGACCCUGUGCUGCUGGUGCGGCGCUACGAGCGGCAGAUCAGGGAGCUGAAGCAGGAGCUGGCCAUGAGGGACAUGCUCAGUGGCCGUGGCGCUGUGGGCUACGACGAUUUGAGUGAGGCGGAGAAGAGGGAGCUGCGGGAGCUGGUGGCGGCUUACCUGUCUGGGCAGGCCGCGCUGGAGCAGCUGCCCACAGACAGCCUCAAGCGCAUCCGCGAGACAUACAAGGCCAUGAGGGAGGUGGCGCGUGGCCUGGCGGCCGCCGCCGCGCUCGGGGCACCAGCGCAGCAACAGCAGCAGCAGCAACAGCUUGCUGGGCAGGGGCCAGGGGCAGGGGCCGACGAGGCGUGGCUUUUGGGUGACGUCGACCCAGCCACCCAGGGCGGGUUCCUGCUGGGCACGGCCCCCCUCCACGCCCGCCCAGCCGGCGCGCCGCCCGCGUCGCCCAAGGGCGGCGCGCAGCAUGGCGGGCUCCGGGUGGCAAUCGGCGGCGGCCGCGGCGCGGGGGCCGCGUCGUCGCCGUGGCGACCGGCGUCCAACCAGACCCCGCCGGGGCCGGCAGGCGGCUGGGGUGCAGAGUCCCCCGCCAGCACCGCGCGCGGCCAGCUGGACUCGCCACCAGACGGCGGCGCACGGGGGCCGCCAGCCCUCGAUUCACGGCCGCCUGCGGACCUAAAUGUGCUAUUUUUGAAGUGGAAGGGCGGCGCGGGCGGCGAGGGCCAGCGGCUGGCUGCGGAAGUGCGGGGUCGGCAGCAGCAGCUGAGGGAACUGAGGCAGGGGGUCAAGGACGCGGCGGCGCGCGUCAACUCGGCCAAGGCAGAGAUUGACCAGCUCUCGCAGCACCUGGACGGCCAGGGGGCGCAGGCCGGCGGCGGCGGCUGGGAGGAGGAGCAGUCGGAGGCGGCGCAGCAGCUGAGGGCCGCCAAGGCCAGGUACCGCGCCGAGUUUGACCGGCUGAAGGAGCUGCGCAGCGGUGCAGAGCCCGCGACUGAGGCCCUGGCCGCCGCCAAGCGCGCACAGCUCGACGCCUUUGAGGCGUGGUGCGCUGCCCGGGGCUUUGCGCCUGCGGCGCCCGGCGCGACCGGGUACAUCCGCGCAUUUGCGGGGGCGGCUUCGGGCGGCGGCGUGCAGUGGGGCGGUGAAGAGGGUGGCGGCGGCGGCGUGGGUGACGACGCAGACGAGCUGGACCCGGCUGAGACGUUUGAGCGGCUGCAGAUGGCCAGGAUCAUGGAGGUGGACCCGGACAGCAGCGCGUUCCAUGCCGCUCGCAAGAAGACCAGCGGCGGCGCCGCCGUCGGCAGCGGCGCAGGCGCGCGGACGUCAGCGGCAACAGCGGCGCGUGCGGGCACGCUGCGCGGGCGAUGA